CUCUGAUUAAAAAUACUAAAUAAAUAUAUAUUUACACAUAUGCCUACAUUUUUCGAAAAGCUCCUGUCAACAGAAUAGAAAUUUGAGUUCAAAUUGCGCUAUUCACUAUUUACAAACAAUGAAUAAUAUAGUUGGAUUAAAAGCUAAAACCUCUAUUUGGAAAGGUUGGUUUGAUUGGCUACCGUAUUUUUUUAAAAGAAAAAGAAAGAAAGAUUUAAUAUGGGAAGAUCGAAAAGAUAAAUUUGAUAAAAUUGAUGAAAAGAAUAAAUAUCGCAGAGAUAUAUAUAUAAAUUGUAGAAUACUAUUCGAAUAUGAUUUAAAUAUAUCAUUGGCAAAACGUAUUGAGUUAAUCAAGUGGGUUAACUAUCUCUUGUAUUCGUAAUUGUUUAAGAAUUUUUGUAACAUGUUUGUAUAUAAAUAGAGAAAUAGGUAUACUUUGUUACAUGGGUGGUUUAGAGGCUGGUAAUGCGUUGUCAAUCUAUAUUAGCAAAUUUCUAAAAAUGCUAGAAUCAAAGGAUAUUGAUCAUAAUAUUAAGAUAGAAAUUAUCCGAAUGUUAAGUACGAGUGUUUGCGAUAAUAAGACUGUUCAUGAAAGUCUGAUGAAUAAUAAUGCUAUUAGUCUAUUUAUUGACAUAGUAAAGGAAGGGGAUAAAUUGGCGAGGUGGAUUUGCUAUACUAUAUUACUAAUGACAAGAGAUAAUGAUGAUUUAUUGGUUUCCCUACCAGAUUUCCCUGAUUUUUUUCAAACUAUUAGCUAUGCUGAAUCAUUAAGCUGGGAAGGCUGGCAAUAUAAUAUAGCCCGUGUUUUACUGCAGAUUGCAGGCCUACAAAAACCUAAUUUUGAUCUUUUACGAAGUAUCGAAACAGAUUAUGGGUAUUAUGACGAAACGUUAGAUAAAAGAGCAGAUGGCAGACGUCGUAGACGUCAUAAAUAUCGUAAUACCGAUGCAAAACCUAAAAUAGAUAAUGAUUAA